GCCGUUUGGUUCAGGUAGCCUGUUAAGAUAUAUGAGCCCCUCAAAUGCAAACCCUAAUUUUCUCACUCGUCUCAUAACCAACAAAUCUCAAGAUCGAGAUCCAAAUUUCACAAAAACUUCAAUUCCUGAUCAUUCCUGCAUCCUCAAACAAUCAUGACCUGUUUCUUCCGAAUGCAAAACGAGUAAAACCCCCCAAUUUUGUAAUCGCAUCGGUUAAUCGACAAUCCCUCUCUGUUCUGGUAGAUCAUUUUUUUAGGUGGCCUGAUGGGUGCUCCUAAGCAGAAAUGGACAUCUGAAGAAGAAUCAGCUCUGAAAGCUGGAGUUGUUAAGCACGGAGCAGGAAAAUGGCGCACAAUUCUUAAAGAUCCUGAAUUUAGCAGUGUUUUGUACCUGCGCUCUAAUGUGGAUCUUAAGGACAAAUGGAGGAACAUGAGUGUAAUGGCGAAUGGAUGGGGAUCGAGGGAGAAGGCUAGGUUGGCCCUGAAAAGACAACAUGCUUCUAGAGAUGACAAUGGGUUAACAGCUGGCGACCAGAGUGAUGAAGAUUCAGGUGAUGCUAGGCCUCUUCCGUCUUCUAGUGGCUCACCACAGAUUGGUAGUUCCAAAAGAUCAAUGAUAAGGUUGGACAAUCUUAUAAUGGAGGCAAUAAACACCUUGAAGGAACCUGGUGGAUCUAAUAAGACUACUAUCGGCAAUUUCAUUGAGGAACAAUAUUGGGCACCUCCAAAUUUUAAGAGACUUUUGUCUAUGAAGUUGAAGUUUCUGACUCAAAUCGGCAAACUUGUCAAGACAAAACGCAAAUAUAGAAUCGCAUCAGCUAACGCAGUAGCUGACAACAAAAAAGUGCCAACAAUGUUACGUCUAGAAGGAAAACAAAAGGGUAGUUCUAGUACUCCUAGGGUUGACAAGGAAGAAAUCAUCGUUCCUACAAAAAGUCAGAUCGAUUUAGAACUGCAAAAGAUGAGGAGUAUGACUCCACAGGAGGCGGCUGCCGCUGCCGCUCAGGCGGUGGCAGAGGCGGAAGCCGCCAUGGCAGAAGCAGAAGAAGCGGCAAGGGAGGCUGAGGCAGCUGAAGCCGAUGCAGAAGCUGCACAAGCUUUUGCAGAGGCUGCGAUGAAGACGCUGAAAGGGAGAACCACUCAAAGGCUGAUGAUUCGUGCGUGACAGACAAGAGCUUUGCAGUUGUAAAUAUCGUUGGGAGUUAUAGUUUGUCAAUCCAGAAUUUCUUAACUGGUAAAUUAAUAUUUUGUCGGUUGGUUUUUUAUUGAACAAGUAGAGUAAGAUAUAAUAAAAUAUUGCUUGCUGUUGUUGUUGCUUGUCAACAUGUAAUGGUUUGUUUUU